AUGAUCGGAAGAAGAUGUCUCUCGAUCCGACUGCUUUCAAGCUCCUUUUAUAGCUCCAGAAUCAGCUACGAUCCACCUCCGCGUAUCUCGCCACGUGCAGCUAACGAUCCCGUGCCGACCUGGUCCUUGAUCGAGCUGGAGCUCGUCUUUACGUCGACCGGAAUAGCUCGGAUGGCAGUUAACUGGCCUACGAGGGAGUCGCUUGGUGGGCUCGAGGUCUUCUUGCUGGGCUUGAGUGGGCCUGGACUUCAAUCUUGGAUCAAGGUAAUGGGCCCUUACGGGCUAGAUUCCAGUGGUACUCGCAACAUGGGUAUCCAGCUCCACCGUUUUGAGCUCAUCGGGUAUGUUGUUAUUCUUCAUCUAUUUUAA